GCGGCUCGAACGCCGUUCCCUGCGAACGUGUGCUGUCCUCGCGGACCGUGCGCUCGUCCCCGGCGGCGCGAAUGACAUUCCGUUGGUGCUCGGCGAUCGCACGCGAUUUUCAGAGAUACGCUCGGGAAGAGACGAGAGAGAGAUGAGACGAUGACGUGAAAUAAAACGUGAUCGUGAUCUCGAGCCGCUCCGAAGAGGCUCCCCGACGAGAGAAAAAGCGUCCGAAGGGAUCGAUUUCGAGUCUGAGUUUUCGGACCACGCAGAGCCACGCACAUGUUCGGUGUCUGAUGACUGGUGACGACCGACGCGCGCCGAAAAACAGUGCGAAAACCUCGCGGCCUUCUCAGGGAAACGACCGGCGACGUUGACUGAUGUUGUGAUCGAUAAAAUUGAAAGACUUCGAUCGGCAUUGUGUACGUGACGUUCUGAACGAACGGACGUGCCGAUUGGUGAUCGGGAAGCGGGACGAGACUGUAGAUCGCUCUAUUUACUCCGAUUUUACUCCGGGACGAUACUUAUCGUAAUGAGUUGCGGGCACGUGUGUGAUUUUCCGCAGUCUAGUCAGAGGUACGCGCAGUUUAAUCGCAUAUUUAAUAUUUCAACUUAACCUAACCAAGAUAGAACUUAGAGCAGAUUGUAGUGAUUGUAGGUGUGUAAGUCGUAUAAGAAAAAAAUGAUCACCCACGUGUUAAUCGUUAGCAUACAGUAGCUAGAAAUUAAGGACUCGUAAUAGUAAGAACCACCUACGUAAAUCAAACGUACAUUUCAUGCACGUCUCUCAAUACGUCUGUGAUUUCGAUCGUAAAUAAGUUUUAUGUCAUUCACGCGAUCAAUAUUUAUCGUAUGCACGGGUGCGCGAAGUGACGUUUAGAAGGCAAGAAAAACUGACAUUUGACUUAUUGUUAGAGACCUGUCGGCAUCUUUCCGAUCGUAUUCGACUCUUAAUUGAUUUUAAGUGCCAGGGCUAAAAUUAACGCUAUGAGUUUGUGAGAAUUCGAGUAUAACGCGAUAUGUCACGAAUGGCGGCGACUUCCGAGGCCCAGGAGAAUUAUUGAGGCCCCAGGAGGGAAUGGAUUUUCAGAGCGCAAUGGACACCUUUGUAGAGGCAUGGAUGGCUGCUAACACGAAGACGGAUCAAGUACAGAGCCAAGCGUUGGCAUUGACGCACAAGGCCUCGCCACCAUCGAGACCGAGCAGCGUGUCCUCGUUACCGAGGAGCCCCCAGUCUCACCAGUCCCAGCAGUCUCAGCCGCAGAACGCGUCUCAGCACCCGCCGGUGCACCCGCUGCAAUCGCAGACACCCCAGACACCGUUCACCGCGCACAACCAGCACCCAAAGCAAGAAAUCAACGCCAGUCCCAAGCAGGAGGGCUUCGAUCUCAGCAAAUCCGCCUCCAGUACAGCGAAAAAUCUGCCGGUGCAUUGUGUGGUGGAGACGAUUCACAAUAUCGUGGAAAGCCAUGUGAGCAACAGCCGUGAAAAAUGGCGAAGUCCCCAAGUGGAGACGGACUCUUACGUUAUUAUUCCGAUAGCUAUGCCCUUUCAGGAUUUGGUAGGUGAGGCGCUUGUUCGCCUAGGAUACUCUAGCGAUCUGAUACCAAGUGCUAGGGGGAGCAUCGUUAUACGUAACUGGAAGCCUCUACCGAUGGAAAAAGUCGCCGAUGGACCACUACUGACAGUGGGAGAUAUUCUGGCCGAACUGACGUCGGUGGCGACCCUGAAGAUUCAGGUGUACAGAUCCAGGCCGCCACCUCCCAGUCCGGCAGCUGAAGUUAGAAAUAAAUUGCUGAGGUUGCUUCUGUUGCACAGCCAUACGCUCCUUGUUUCCGCCGGCUGCCCUUUGGACGAGAUGACCCUACUGUCCCUCUGUCGAGGCGGUAACGAUCUGUCGGAGGAGACAAAGAGAAAUUUCGAAACGUGGCUGCAGCAGCAGCAGAUAGGUCUCGGCAUGAACCCGAUAGCACCCACUUCCAAUCAUCAUCAUCACACGCAAAGUCCGCAGCCCGACAGCGGUGGCACGAUCGCUCCCGGUGGCGGCCCGAUCGGACCGCCCCACCCGGCGCUCCUUCAGUAUUCGCACAAGACCAGGAUGAGGACCAGCUUCGACUCGGAGCUCGAAUUGCCGCGUCUCCAGCGUUGGUUCGCCGAGAAUCAGCAUCCGUCGCGCGAACAGAUACAGCACUACGUCGCGGAAUUGAACUCCCUGGAGUCGCGCCGCGGCAGGAAGCCGCUGGACGCGAACAACGUCGUGUACUGGUUCAAAAACGCCAGGGCGGCGCAGAAGAGAGCCAGUAUGAACGGCUGCAGUCCACCCGGACUCAGCCCGAGGGGUGCCAGCAUCGUCAGCGAGGACUGCACGGACGAAGAGGAGGACACCAGGCAUCAGUCGACAUCCGGGUCACCCUGUCCACCGAGCAGUCCACCUGUCGGUCCUCUGUCCUUGACUACGAGACCCGAGGACCAGCAGCAGCCGCCGACGUCGACCCCGUCCUCGGUGAAGCAAGAGGACGCGAGGGUGUCCUCCGGUUCCGAGGACGACGAGACCAGGCACACGGGCCCAAUUCCGCCAGGAUUUUCCCUGGUGCCCAGCCCCAUGUUCGGCCACGGUAUAAUGUACAUGUCGCAUUAUCUGCCGCCACGCGGACCAGCCGGCUGUCCCACCAGCAUGCUGGCCGACGAGAGAAGGAAGAGGAACCGGACGUUCAUCGAUCCCGUGACGGAAGUGCCGAGAUUAGAGUAUUGGUUCAAGCGGAGCACUCAUCCAAGCCACGCGCUCAUUCUGUCGUACACGGAGGAGCUGAACAAGAUGCCCUAUCGCCAGAAGUUUCCGCGUCUGGAGCCGAAGAACGUGCAAUUCUGGUUCAAGAAUCGCAGGGCCAAGAAUAAGCGGCUGAAGAUGGCUCUGUUCGAGGGCGAGUCGCCGCAACAGCAUCCAUAUCACGCCGACUAGUUAAUUUCCUUAAAUAACGUUGACUAGCGAAGCGCGAGAGGUGCCCAGAGCCUUCGCACGGCGGAGGAAAUGAAGGGAAAUCGUUAACCGACUUGUUACUCCUUACUAUCGUUGACACGCGGUUUUAAACGCUUACCGGCCGCACAUUCAUUGUAAUUAUCACGUAACAAUUAAUAUAAUUAUUAUGGACUUUCAUGAGUGUAAAUACGAGAUGAUGUCAAAUAAAAAGGUAUACGUCACGACAAAA